ACAGAUUGUUGUCCUUUGACAGGUUGUCUCGCGCAAGCUUUAUUCGUGAUAUUUUAUAUAUUCCAGUAAACUAGUGAAGUGAAAAAUACAGGGGAUCGUUUCAACGAUGUCGGACAACGCGGAUCUGUACAGACUGGAAGGAACCAGCGACAAACAGGAAGGAGGUUUGGUUAUACGUAAGAAAACGUCGGACCAUACCUUUAAGAAGCCACAGUCGUCACUUUUCGGCUUGGACAAAUUGGCAGAGAGCAAGAGAAGAAAAGCCUCGCAGGAAGCUAGCAAGGGGACGGUACCCGAGUGUUCCUCGAGUGAAUUAGAUUACAAGGACAGGAAGUACCGUGCCCAUGCAGAGGAAACUCCAACGUACACCGGGGGUGUAAAUAAGGAGGCACAAAAUCGUAUGGAAUCACGAUUAAAGAGGCAGAGGCUAGAUGCCCGGGACAAGCAAGCCAAAGACGCUCGGAGCAAGAAUGAUAGACACCGAGAAUGGAAUAGUGACCGAGACCGUAGUUGGAGAGACAGCGGUAAACAGACUCCAUACAGAUUCAAGGACGAACCACAAACACCGAAGUUCCGCAUGAAGGAUCCUACGUCAAAAAGCAACUGGGACGACGACGAGGAUGAGGAACCUAGACGAUCUAGUUGGGACCAUCCAACACCGAAAAUAUAUGGUUCUAGAGAGCCAAGGGACAGCAUCAGAAGUGAAUUUACACCGUCGUACAAGUACAACCCUUGGCAUAAGGAACACAAACCUUCUGGAACUACUCCUCAAAUAGAUGGCGAGGACAAGGAGCUGUGGGAAGAAGAGCAACAGAGGCUCGACCGUGAAUGGUACGCAUUGGGUGACGGCGAAAAUCGUCCCUUCUCUGACGUGUCAGAGGAGUACACAAAAAAGAAAGAAAUGGAAUUGGAGGCACGUCGCGAGAGACGCGUAUCUGCCCAACAGCGGCAGAUAAACAAGGACAACGAGCUGUGGGAGCGAAAUAGGAUGCUCACGUCGGGUGUCGUAAGUUCCAUCGACCAUGACGACGACCCGGAUGAUGAGGGGGAAGCUAGAGUUCAUCUUUUGGUGCACAAUGUAGUUCCACCCUUUCUGGAUGGACGAAUCGUCUUCACAAAGCAGCCAGAACCAGUGGUGCCGGUGCGAGACCCGAGCUCUGACAUGGCCCUAGUUGCAAGGAAAGGUUCAGCAUUGGUUCGGUUUUAUCGUGAGCAAAAGGAGCGACGUAGAGCUCAAAGGAAGCACUGGGAAUUAGCUGGAACUCAUAUAGGAAACAUCAUGGGAGUUCGAAAGGAUGGACAGAAAGGAGCCGAUGGAGAACAAUUCGAACAAGACACGGAUUUUAAAGCGGGUCAAAAAUAUGCUAAGCACAUCGGAGCUGGUGAGGUAACCGGAGAAGCUCGCCACCGAUCGAUUCAGCAACAAAGAAGGAGUUUGCCAGUGUUUGCAGUGCGGCAAGAACUACUUAACGUUAUCAGAGAAAACAGUGUUGUAGUGAUCGUGGGGGAAACGGGUAGCGGAAAAACAACCCAGUUAUCGCAAUACCUUCACGAGGAUGGCUACAGUCGAUACGGCAUCGUUGGUUGCAGCCAGCCGCGACGUGUAGCUGCAAUGUCUGUGGCCAAAAGGGUCUCCGACGAGAUGGCUACGACUCUUGGAGACAAAGUUGGCUACGCCAUACGUUUCGAGGACUGCACAUCUAAGGAGACUGUCAUCAAGUACAUGACCGAUGGUAUCUUGCUGCGAGAGAGUCUUCGAGAGGGUGACUUGGAUCGCUACAGCGUAAUCAUCAUGGACGAAGCUCACGAACGUUCUCUAUCCACCGACGUGCUGUUUGGCUUGCUUCGUGAGGUGGUGGCAAGGAGGCACGACCUGAAGUUGAUUGUCACGUCCGCUACAAUGGACUCGAGUAAAUUCUCGGCAUUCUUCGGCAAUGCGGCGACCUUCGAGAUCCCGGGCAGGACCUUCCCGGUGGAGAUUUUACACGCAAAGAACCCGGUCGAGGAUUACGUGGACGCGGCGGUGAAGCAGGUUCUCCAGAUCCACCUGCAACCGAGGAGCGGCGACGUUCUCGUCUUUAUGCCUGGCCAGGAGGACAUCGAGGUGACCUGCGAGGCCCUGAAGGAGCGUCUGGCGGAGAUCGAGUCGGCGCCGCCUUUGUCGAUCCUCCCGAUUUACUCCCAGCUCCCGUCGGACCUCCAAGCGAAGAUCUUCCAGCGGGCGGAGGGCGGGUACAGGAAGUGCGUCGUGGCCACCAACAUUGCGGAGACCUCGCUCACCGUCGACGGUAUCGUCUUCGUGGUCGACUCGGGGUACUGCAAGCUCAAGGUGUACAAUCCGAGAAUCGGCAUGGACGCGCUGCAGGUGUACCCCGUGUCCAAGGCCAACGCCGACCAGCGAGCCGGAAGAGCUGGCAGAACCGGGCCAGGACACUGCUACCGACUUUACACCAGGAGGCAGUACCUGGACGAGCUCCUCUCAACGGGCGUUCCGGAAAUCCAGCGGACGAACCUGGCCAACACGGUCCUCCUUCUGAAAUCUCUCGGCGUCCAGGACCUCCUCGCUUUCCACUUCAUGGACCCGCCGCCACAGGACAACAUCUUGAACUCCCUGUAUCAGCUUUGGAUCCUGGGCGCCCUCGACAACACCGGACGACUCACUCCUCUCGGUCGACAAAUGGCGGAAUUCCCGUUGGACCCUCCACAGUGUCAGAUGUUGAUCGUCGCCUCUCAGCUCGGCUGCACGGCGGACAUCCUCAUUAUAGUGUCCAUGCUUUCCGUGCCUUCUAUCUUCUACCGGCCGAAGGGUCGCGAGGAGGACUCCGACUCGGCGAGGGAGAAGUUCCAGGUGCCGGAGUCCGACCAUCUCACCUACCUCAACGUCUACAACCAGUGGAAGUCGAACGGAUAUUCGAGUUCCUGGUGCAACGAGCACUUCAUUCACGCAAAGGCGAUGCGCAAGGUCAGAGAGGUGCGCCAGCAGCUGGAGGAGAUCUUGAAGCAGCAGAAGAUGGAGGUGAUCAGCUGCGGCACCGACUGGGACGUUGUCAGGAAGUGCAUCUGCUCGGCGUACUUCCACCAGGCCGCCAGGUUGAAAGGCAUCGGGGAGUACGUGAAUUGUCGCACAGGAAUGCCUUGCCACCUGCACCCGACCUCGGCUCUCUUCGGCAUGGGCUUCACUCCGGAUUACGUGGUCUACCACGAGCUGGUGAUGACCGCCAAGGAGUACAUGCAGUGCGUAACCGCCGUGGAUGGCCAUUGGUUGGCGGAACUGGGACCCAUGUUCUUCAGCGUUAAGGAGACCGGUCGCAGCGGUCGAGCUAAAAGGCAGCAAGCGAUGCAGCAUCUCCACGAGAUGGAGGGCCAGAUGAAGGAGGCGGAGGAGGAGAUGAAGGCCAGGGCACAGGAACAGCUGGAACGGGAGCUGGCCUCCGUCAAGAAAAAAGAAAUCCUGACACCUGGUGUCAGGGAGCCUGGGACUCCAGCACCUUAUCGGAAGACCCCAGGUCGACUUGGUCUGUGAAGGCUGUCGAUGCAACUGUGAUAUAAUGGACUUAGGGUACUCCGUCUUCCAUGAGCCAGGAGUACCUGAAUUGUAAAUAAAUGCCAAUCGCAUUUUUAAUUAAUACUUCGGUAAAACGGAAAUCAAAUGUCAUUUCGUUACACAUGUAUGCGCGUAUGUAUUUGACAUUGUAUUCCAGCCGAUGACAAGUUCCUAACGAUA